UUCUUUUUUCAAUCAUGAAAAGCAAUGCGUAAUUCUUGAUUAUAUAUGCAUUCUAUCAUAGACGAAGUAAAGCAUUGAUACUGUACUUUGUAUUAUGAAAAAACGUUAAUAAUUCCGCGCAUUUCGACUAAGUUCAGACGGUUCCUUACUUGUCAAUGUGAUGCCAAUCUAUCAGCUACUGCUCAUUUCAUAGUCGCAUAUGCGGUGAACAAAAAUAUGCAAGUAGCUCGCAGAACUGAUGACACAGGAAGAUAUACUAAGCAAAAGGUCACUGGGUAUAUACACUUGAUGACAAGAAAGCCGUUAUAACGCAUGCGCGUUACCCUUGGCUACGAGUUGUUUGAAAACCAAUUAAAUCUGUGCGAAUGAAUCAAAAUUGAUAAAUUUUUAUUCAGUACUACGGUUUUCUCGCGAAAUCUCAAUGGCAUCGAGAAAAGUUUUUUAACGUAAUUUAAUAUCAAGUUCGUUUUAAACACAAAAAAAUGUAAUAACCAGAUAUUAUUCGUUCUACGCAAAAAAAUACUCGGAUAACGACUCUUUGUUUAUUCUACACAUAUCAGCUGUAAUUGGCUGGAUCAUACUCUGUAACCAAGAGCAACGCGCAUGAGUAUUUCAAAUUUUCAUUGUGCGUACUGCACAUACUCAGUGGGCAAAAGUUUAUCAUAUGAGACACAUUAUUUUUUCCUCCUAUCACAUAUUUUUCAGCACUCUGUAUAUGACUAAUAAUUUGAGUAGCAGAUGGUAGUGGGGCAGCAUUAAAUGGUAGGGAACCUGCUAAAGUUAGCUGAGUUGCGCAAAUCACGUAUAGUCCAUCGUAGACUGAAUAACAGUAAGAGCUUUGUGAAUCGAAUGGGCUAUCUUAAACAACUUUAUUCUAUGACUAUAGACAAUAGGGUUGAGUAGCGUGAAAUGGUGUGAACGAGUAUGCGCGGAAUCACAACCGUUAGAAAAUUGCGCCAUUUUUUAGUUGUAACCAAGAUAAUUUUUUGAGUGUCACAGUGUUAUACGAAAUAUUUAUGAUAUCGUGAACGGUGGUACGUAUACAAAUUAGUUGUAGCGUGAAUUUUUAACUGAGUGAUUACCGUCAAGCGCAAUUCUAACUACGCUUCGUAGGAGUACCAACGCAAGCUUCGUGCACGAGGCAGCAUUUUUACCGGGUUGUUUUAACAAGAGUAUUUGUUUCUGUAAACAAAAUGUCGGUGGAUACGCUUAGUGAUUCGGAAUUGCGUCGAAAAUUGAUGGAAUAUGGGUAUCCAGUUGGUCCAGUGACGCAGACCACCAGAAAGAUUCUUGUAAAAAAGUUAAAAAAUCUGAUUGAAACCCGAGGCGGUACAGGGUCACGACAUUCAUUGGCUGCCAGAUAUAGCAGCGAAGAUACAGAUGACGAUUCAAGUUCAACAGUCAGUAAAAAGAAAAAGACAACAGUGAGUUCCAGAAGACAAACAUUAGCAAAUCCAAUGCCUCCACCUUCGCCAGUUUUAGCUUCUUCUGAUGUAAACAUAUCAAAAAAUAUACAGAAAGAUAAAGUAGUAGAUUCUGAAUUUAAAGAUCCAAUAGCACCAGAUUAUGAUGGUUCUUCAACCUUUACAACACGGACAGUAACAAAAACUAUUCAUAAAAAAUACUCAAAAUCUAACAAAACAUCAAGUGUAACUGAUGGGCUAGAAACUGGCUCCGAUUCAGAUGUCAUUGAGGAACCAAUUAAAUCUUACUCACCGUCUAAAUAUUUAUCAAGUGUUGGAAAAUCUCAUGACUCUGUGUCAUACAAGCACAAUAUAUCUGAUCAAGACCAAAUUCCUAAAUCAUAUGAUGCAAAAUCAAGAUCUAUUCAUACGAUAAAAGACAACAAAUAUAAUGAACCAUUUUUUGAUUCAAACAUUUCUCCAAUACAACCUACAACUGAAGAUACAUGUACAAAAGACAAUACAAAUCAAAGAGAUCUGCUGGCUAAUUAUGAAACACCAUUUCUAUCAGAAUUUACAAGGAGGCUUAGCUCACGAUCAACUAUAAAUUUACCAUCAACAUCAUUAUCCAAUCUAAAAAGUCCAUCUUCAUGUCUCUCAUCAAAUGUACCAGACUUAAAAGAAAAAGAUUCAAAUGGUCAUUUUUCGUCCUUGCGAUCAUUAUAUUCCUCUUCAAAUGCUAGUUCAAGACACACAACAUCGCCCCUCGAUAGACCUCGAGAAACAAUGAGUAGAACGUUUAAACCUACAACUACGAACAGAGAAGAUACACGCAAUAAUCAGAACAUGGUGUCUGUGAUUUUAGUUGUGGUACUUGCUUUAUUUUUUGGAAUACUUGCCGUUAUAUACAUGGGACUUGGUGGAAAAUCAGAAACUUUUCCAUCACUUUCAACGGAUAGCAACAUACCACUGUGUUUUCUUGAGGAUGACCUUGAAACACCUGGAGUUAACUGUGUAAUGAAAGAAAACGUAGAUUCUGUACUGCAACUAUUGAAGCGACUUCAACCAAUUCUAACAAAAAAGGCAGUGUCCAUGAUAUGCGACAAUUCUAGCGAAACGCCUUUUUUAACUGAUUCCGAAAUUAUGCAAAUGUUCACAAGUAGUAAAGUGACGAGCCUGGAGGUAAAGGAAGAUUUACAAAAUGCACAGUUACUCGUUAUAAAGAAUCCUAAGUGGGGUAUUUCCCUUGUAGAUAUAAGUGACGAUAACGGAAAUCCUGGAGAUGUUCUGGAUUCUUUGGAUAAACUAUUUUCUACACGUUUAAAUGGGAAAGUUGGAAUGGUGAUCACAAACCCGGAAUUGCCAAUGAAAUGUCUAAUUAAAAACAAGCUAUUCACCAUAUUUUCGUCCCUUCUAAUUGUGUCACUUGGCCUUCUAGCAGCUAUAGGGAUGCAGAAAUUGUUUGUUUGGUAUAUAAGGUACAAGAAAAGUACCGAGAGAGAAGUGUUUAAGCUCGUUAGCGAGAUCAUUAAUAUGGUUGAAAUGCAUCAUCAAAAUGCGGCUAUUGCAACGCCGGGUGGCACGCAAGAAAGUUUCCUUGCCAUAAAUCAUGUGCGCGACAAUCUUAUCCCUCCUAAAGAUCGUAAAAGAAUGGCAGGACUAUGGGAGAAGGCAGUGAAAUUUUUAGACGAAAAUGAAUCUAGAAUUCGAAGGGAAGUACAACAGGUUGCCGGAGAGGAAUUUCACGUGUGGCGCUGGCUACCCAACAACAAUCUUAACAAAUCAAACACACAAAUGUUUGUUUUAAAUAAAAAGGCCAAAGUCUGGCAGGGCCAAGCAUUUGAAACGAUGGAAGGUUCUGUUAAUAGUCUGACCUGUUCGCCAACACCGUGUUUAAAAAUAAGGCAUAUGUUUGAUGCAGACGUAGAAUUUGAAGAUGAUUGGGAAACAAAGGUACAAGAUGCUAUUCUAGAGAAGUGUGGUGAGGGCGUAAAAAUACUCCACAUCCGUGUAGACCGUGGUAGUCGAGAAGGUUGUGUUUAUAUGAAAUGUAUGUCACAAGAGGAUGCAGGAAAAGCUUACAGGGCUUUGCAUGGCUGUUGGUUCGAUGGCCAUUUAGUAACCGUGAAGUACCUGAGAUUGGAGAGAUACCACGAGAGAUUUCCAGAUGCGCGCCGUUGUACAACACCUUUAAAACCAAGUAACAAUCAACGAUUAUCCAUGCAGGCAGAAUACUAGAAAGAGUGUUACGUGAAUAUAAACUAACAAAAUACCUCUUUGCUUGUACGCGUAAGAUAACAAGCAAACUUUGAAUUUUUGCCGCUAAAUGAUUGUUUGCGGAUCAGAAUCUACGAGAUACUUCUAUUUUUCGCUCUGAAAGAGAAUAGAACUUCGUACUAUCGCGCAGGAGUAUGAAGUCCGUGGGACUUGUAAUUGUGUGAUAGUAUUAUAAGAAUUGAAGAGGCAGAGACUUUUUAUAAGCAUUUUCGUUUUGGAUUUGUAACUUGUAUAUUACGUUCUAUCGACUUUUUUUAAAAGAAGGAAAUUGAAAACUAGACUUGGCGAUUAUAUUAUUUAUGAAACUACUAUAAAUAAGUGUAAACAACAUCAUUUUGCUGUUGCAUUUUAAGAACUCUUUUCCAAGUAGCAAUAUACAAGUCAACGAUAUGCAUAUCUAAAUUUAUAUGCUCUAAC